AUGCCUCUGAUGGGGCAUAUCAAGAAAAAAGCGAAGGAAAGAGAAGCUGAGAAAAAAGCUUUCGGAGGUGUCGAUGUGUUCUCUAUGAGGACUCCUGAAGACUUGACUGGUCGAGAUGGUGAAUUGAUUUUGCUAGAAUUUUGUGAGGAAUAUCCCCCAUUAAUGAAUCAAGUUGGAAUGUGUUCCAUAAUCAAAAACUAUUAUAAGAGGAAAGCUGGGAAAGACUCUGGUCCUCCUACAUAUAGAUACGGAGAGACUGUCUAUGCUCGUACUUCUCCGUUUUUAGGUGUAUUGCUCCCGGGUCAGUCCAUCCAAGCUAUAGAAAACAACAUGUAUCGGGCUCCAGUUUAUGAACAUAAUAUUCCAGAAUCUGAUUUCAUAGUCAUAAGAACUCGACGGCAGUAUUAUAUUCGGGAAAUGGAUUCGAUAUAUCUUGCUGGCCAGCAAUGCCCUUUGUAUGAAGUGCCAGCGCCAAACUCCAAAAGGGCAAAUGAUUUUGUUAGGGACUUUCUUCAGGUUUUUAUAUAUCGUUUAUUCUGGAGAAGCAAAGAUAACCCUAGAAAAAUAAAAAUGGACGAUAUUAAAAGAGCCUUUCCCUAUUAUUCCGAGAACAGCAUUAGGAAAAGAUUGAAGCUUUGUGCUGACUUCAAAAGGACAGGCUUGGAUUCGAAAUGGUGGGUUAUCAAAUCAGAAUUCAGACUACCAACCGAAGAAGAAAUUAGAGCUAUGGUAUCUCCUGAACGUUGUUGUGCAUACUUUAGUAUGAUAGCUGCAAAGCAACGUUUGAAGGAUGCUGGCUAUGCCGAAAAAUUCACUCCCGCGGAAGAUGAUGAUGAAGAAAUACAAUUGAAAAUGGAAGAUGAAGUUAAAGUUGCACCUUGGAACACUACUCGAGCAUAUAUUCAGGCUGUGAAGGGCAAGUGUCUCCUUCAGUUGACUGGACCUGCUGAUCCUACAGGUUGUGGGGAGGGUUUCAGCUAUGUCAGAAUCUCCAAUAAGCCAACUCAGAAUAAAGAACAUGAAUCUCAACCAAAAAGGGCUGUAACUGGAACCGAUUCAGAUUUAAGAAAGUUGUCUCUAAACAACGCCAAAGCCUUGUUGAGAAAUUUUGGAGUUUCAGAAGAAGAUAUUAAAGAGCUCACACGUUGGGAAAUUGUUGAUGUGGUGAGAACACUUUCUACAGAAAAAGCUAAAGCUGGGGGAGAGGGAAUGGACAAAUUUUCCAGAUGUAACAGACUUUCUAUAGCUGAAAAUCAAGAAAGGUACAAAAAAGAAUGUCAAUGCAUAUUUGACUUGCAAAAUCGAGUUUUAGCAAGUGCUGACGUACUGAGUACUGACGAGGAAGAGAGUUCGGAGGAUGGAAGUGAUGAAGAUAUCGAGGAAAUGGGCAAAAUUAUUGAAAAUAUGUUAAAUAACAAGAACACAAGCACGCACCUUACGCUAGAGCGAGAAGAGCUAGAAAGACAAAAAUUGAUAAAAAUGAUGGAGGGCGCUAAAGAUAGACCAGAAGAUAAGAAGAAAUGUACAGAAGUAAAUGAUGGCCAACGUUACCCGCAAGGCCGAGUAUUGAGAAUAGUUCGUACACUCAAAACCCGUGAAGGCGAGGAGUACCAUAGACAAGAAAUCGUUCGAAACCAAGCUGUGAUAGACGCUUACGUUAAAAUCCGUAAGUCAAAAGAUGAAGCUUUCAUCCGACAAUUUUCUUCUUCAAAUGAAGCUGAAAAAGAGGAAUUGAAGAAAGAAAAACGUAGGAUUCAAGAUAAAUUAAGAAGGAUUAAGAAAAUUCAAGAAAAGAAGGGAACGGCUGGUGGUCAUGUGCAGACUACACCAAUUGUUAGUUUACCGUCUGCAAACUCUGCUCGUGUCACACCUACGUCGAGCAAAAGUACAACUCCCUCGCUCCCCAAGUCAUCAAGGAAGACUAAACACAUGACUGACUCAAAAUGUGGGUUAACAGGCAUGAGUACUGCUAUAAAUGUUGCUAUGACAGAUAAUCAAGAGAGAUGUAUUGCAAAUCAACUCAACACUGGUGAUGAAGAGAUAAAACAUGAAGGUUCAAUGCUAAAAGUGCCUAGAAACGAUCUGUGCAAUAAGAAGAGACCGCGGGAAAUCUCUGAUUCACACUGUGAGGGAUUGGCGAAAAGGAGACGAACUGUUCCAGUUGUUCGGUUGUCCGAUCUGCCUUUACGAGCAGUUGAAGAAUCACAUCAUGAAACCGCAAUGAAGUUAUAUGAUGAUUUAGCAUUGAGUGAAAGUGACGAUGAAGUUUCCAAUACUCCUCAAGAGCCUAUGCAGGAAGAUUAUGAUGCAGACGAUCUUUGGUUUUAA